AUGAAUUUUACAAUCCAUGAAGGGAUUACAGGAGAAGACCUAUUCUGGGAUAUGCCCAACCCUAACCCAAAAAAUCAAUUAUCCAACAAUUCUAAAAACCCUAAUGAUCAAUCAACAUCCAAGAUCUACCAAGAUAAUCAAACAGAUACAAACAAAAAUCCUGAAGACACUAACAUAGAUAAUAUAACAUCAUCAGAAAUUACUGAUGAUUUAAUGUCAGAUAAUGAAACAAUUGAAUAUGAUACCUCUAGCAUAGACACAAAUCAGGAAGAAACAGAUCACAAUCUAAUAAUAAUUCAACUGGAUCUUUUCAACAAACUAAUAAAAAUCGAGAAGAAAGAAAAAGAUAAUGUUUUCAAAAUGAUCAAAAUCAAAUUAGGUUGGGCUUAUUUCAAUCAAAUUGGAUGGAAAAACAUCAACCAUUCAGAUACCAUCAGAAAGCUACAAUAUAUUGCUGGUUUCAUAGAUGACAGUGAUAUAGCUUGCUUUGGUGAUGGUGAGACUGGUUGUGGUGAAACAGAUGGUGGUGGUGUUGGUGGUGGUGGUGGAACAGCUACAACUGAUAGUGGUGGUGGUGGAGCAGCUACAACUGAUAGUGGUGGUGGUGGAGCAGCUACUGCAACUGAUAGUGGUGGUGGUGAUGGAAUAACCCGUGGUGGUGGAACAGCUACUACAACUGGUAGUGGUGGUGGUGAUGGAACAACCCGUGGUGGUGGUGGAACAGCUACUACAACUGGUAGUGGUGGUGGUGAUGGAACAACCCGUGGUGGUGGUGGAACAGCUACAACUGGUAGUGGUGGUGGUGGGGCAACUG